AUGAACGCGAGGGUGUUGGGCAACGACGGCGGGGAGACGGUGGUGCUGGCGCACGGGUACGGCGGCACCCGGUUCGUCUGGGACGACGUCGUCCCGGCGCUGGCGGCGAGGUUCCGCGUCGUCGUCUUCGACUGGAGCUUCUCCGGCGCUGCCGCCGCUGGCGGUGGUGGCGAGCGGUACUGCUCCUCGUACUACGCGCUCGCGGACGAGCUCGUGGCGCUCAUGGACGAGCUGGGGGUGCGCCGGGCGGCGUUCGUCGGGCACUCCAUGGCCGGCAUGAUUGGUUGCAUUGCGUCCGUCGCGCGCCGGGACCUGUUCAGCCACCUCGUGCUCGUCGGAGCGUCGCCAAGGUACAUCAACGAGGAUGGCUACGAGGGCGGGUUCGAGCGCGGGGACGUGGACGCGAUGCUCGCCGCCGUCGACGCGGACUUCGCGGCGUGGGCGCCGCGCUUCGCCGAGGCCGUCGUCGGGGCGGACCACCCGGCCGCCGUCGCCAUGUUCGCCAAGCAGCUCGGGGAGAUGCGCCCGGACGCCGCGCUCGGCGUCCUGCGCGCCGUGCUCACAUCCGACUUCCGAGGCGUGCUCCCAGACGUCGUGGCGCGCUGCACCAUCGUGCACUGCACCCACGACGCCGUGGCGCCGCUCGCCGUCGCGCGGUACAUGCAGCGCGCCGUGGCAGGGUGCGGCGGCGGCAGCGGGGCGGACACGGUGGUGAUCGAGUCCUCCGGCCACUUCCCUCAGCUCACCGCGCCUAAGGAGUUCGUCAGGGUUCUAGAGGCCAUCCUGCUCGACAACUGA